UGUCCAUGAUGGUGGAUGAGAGAUUUGUUCUUUCUUUCGUUUCAGGCGGAGAAUCAGAACCGUUCUUACGUGGUGCGAUCGACGGCCUCCUUCAGCGUCAUUGAGAUGCCGUACAAGAACCUGGUGUCGGAGCUACCGUCCAACAGCACCACUGUGAGUGUGUCGGUGAUGUGGCUGGCCGACGAUGCUGUGCCGGUCCCGGGCUGGGUCGUGGCGCUGGCUGUGCUGGCAGGACUGCUGCUGCUGGCGCUGCUCAUCUUCAUCAUGUACAAGUUGGGUUUCUUUAAUCGUGUCCGGCCCCCGCAGGAGGACUGCACAGAGAAGGAGCAGCUGCAGCCGGAGGAGAAUGGAAACACCGACGCCUAGACGUCCAACUGUCAGUUCAGACAGGACGCAUUCAGGGUAGAACGGGCGCGCAGAGAGGCUCACUGUGUUCACUGUAGAGAGGCAGAUUGUGGUACUGGCUUACAUUUCUAUAAGGGUUGUUUUUGUUUUUUAAUACUCGUCAUGUUGUGUUUGUGCCAAAAGAGAAGCUCCACCUGACAUGCACUGGUCACAGAUGAAAUCCUCAAAACUCCCAAUUUAAUAUUUUAAAGUUAAACGGAACGUUUUGGGAAAAUUAAACUUAUUUGCUUUGUCUCCGAGAGUCAGAUAUCCCUCUCUCAUGUCUGUAUAGUCAAUAUGAAGAUAAAGCUUAGGUUAGCUUAGCUUAGCAUAAAGACUGAAAACAGGGGGGAAGCCUGGCUCUAACACAGAUAUCUGAUAAUCUGGAUACAGCGUUGGAGUCGCAGCCCCCUUCGUUCCGCUGAAAGUUGCCCAGUGGCACAUGAAGCCAAAAAAGUUCAAAUUCCUCGUAUAAAAUUACCCGAAUAAUCAGUGUUGCUUCCAUACUAUGCGGCCCGUAGAGCCGACCUCUUCCUGUUCAGCGCUUCACUAACUUGGAUGCGGAUUAAAUUAUUUAACCGUGCAGCUCUUUCCAAAUGUUAUCGGACCGAAUGGAUUAGGGAUGCAUCGAAUCCAGAUUUUUGGGGUUUUCGGCUGAAUCCUGAAUCCCCUGGUUGAGAUGGUGCUGACUCCUCCUCCCAUCCUCAGUCCAUGAACACAGUAAACACAUGAAUGAAGUAAACAGUGACUGUCCUUCCUUUGCCGUACCUGAAGUUGCUGCAUUUUGGCUGCUGUCUGAAGAUUCCCUCAUGCACAACUCGUAUUCUUUCAGAUGUUUCAUACCAAAUGUUGUGUAGUGUUUAGGGUCCUUGGCACCACCAGACCAAUCAGCAUUGAACAGAUUGAACAUGUAGCUGGACUUGAAUGGCCUUCUUUUGACUGAAAGUACUGCCAAACAACAACUUUUUCUGCUCACCAGAUCCAUGUCCACUUGCUC